AUGGCGCGGCGGCGGCUGGAGCGGGCACUGCUGGAGUCGCGCGGCAGGGAGCGGGAGGAGGCGGCCCGGGGCCCCGCACAGCUCCGCAUCCGGCACCAGCUGCCACUCAGCAGCGACCCACACGGGAUCUACAGCCUCCGCUUCGCCCCGGCCGGGCGGUGCCUGGCAGCCGGGUUCGGCAACGGGGCCGUGCAGAUUGUGAACGUGGCCACAGCCUCCCUGCACUCGUCCCUUUUCCGAGGACACCGUACGCGCCACGCGAUCACUGCCUUGGCCUACCACCCGGGCAGACCCAGCCUGCUCCUGGCUGUGGGGGCUGAUGGCAUCAUCUCUCUCUACAGCAUGGACUCGGAGACACUGCUGGCAACAGUGACAGAGAAGGAGAAUGAGAUCAAUGCCAUGGAUUUCUGCAUGGACGGCAGCACCUAUGCCACAGCUGGCAAGGACCGACAUAUUCGGCUCUAUGACAGCCACACCAACCAGCUGUUCCACAUUUUGCAGGCUCCUGACUUCAUGACUGGUGAUGUGACACCAAGCAGUGGGCACUCGCGCCGCAUCUUUGCCCUCCGUUUUCACCCUGGAGAGCGCCAUAUGUUCCUGACAGCUGGCUGGGAUGACUGUGUGAAGAUCUGGGACAAGCGGAUAGCAAAGGAGGCUCAAAGAGUGAUCAAUGGGCCUCACAUCUGUGGCCCAGGCCUCGACAUCCAGGGUAACCGCGUGCUCACUGGCUCCUGGGUGCCCCACAAUGCACUUCAGCUCUGGGAUCUACGGACAUCCCAACUGCAGAAGAACCUCCCCUUUCCUGGGGGCCCCACACAGGGCCAGUUCCUCUAUGCAGCUCGGUUCUGUGACCAGGACAUAGUGGUGGCUGGGGGCAGCGGCACCAGUGGAGCCAGCGCGAUCCACACUGGCACUAACCAGGUGCUCGGCGAGAUCCUGCUGCCCAACAAACCGGUGCAGGCUGUGGCAGUAGCACCCGGUGGGCGGGUGGUGGCUGUGGCUGGCGUGGGAGGGAAUCUCCACAUCGCAGACCUGCACUGAGCCCCAGCAGAGAGUGGGUGAGAAGGGGACAAACCUGGGAGUCACAAUCCCCCCCAUCUACAGCUCCUCUGAUCUAUGGCUCUCCCACAUGAUUCUGCCCCGCCAGGACUACGGCCCUCUGUGAUGUCUGGGAACACAGGCCCCCCAGGCCCCCCUUCCCAACUCCCCUGCACCCCUCUGUGAGACCUGGAGCAUCCAGACCCCUGGGCACCUGCUGGCAUCUAAUAAACUUCCUGCACCUGAAGAGGUGACU